AAUUCAACAGGUAAAAGCAUAAUUAACGAAUGCAGGAAUGUUUGAAAUUUAUAUACAAAUAAGAUAAGACCAAAAAUGAUUUGAUUGCAGUAUCUUAGGCAUUAAAAAAAUGGCCAUAAGAAGCAUAAUAAUUUAGAUAGUAUUGUCUAAACUCUAAGAUCUUUGUUUCCAAUGAAGUACCAAAACACGUAUAUGUUGUAACAAAGGGUGAAUUUGUAUAAGUCAAAUAUGGUAUCAUUAUUUAAGCAAAAUGAAUAUUAGUCAAGUCUUAAUCCAAGAAUCCAUUAUAUUAUAUAAGUAAGAUAUUUGCUCAGGAACCUCAAAUAUAGAAAUAACUUCGUGUAACAUUAUCAAUAAUAAUUAUACUUCUAGACUUAUAAGGUAAUGGAUGUAAUAGGAAUGGAUGAAAUUCAUAAUGAUAAUUAUUCUUAUGAUGUUUUUUGUAAUUCAACAAUAGGAGAAGUCUUUUGUAUAAAGAAAUGUGUUUUUGAAAAAAUAGUCUAAAAUCAAACCAUGAAAAAGAAGAACCUAUAAAUAAUGAUAGAAAAUAAACCAUGUUAAAUGAUUGAAAUUCAUUCUGCAAAAGGAGCAACACCAAUUAAUAGAUUAUAGUUAGGAGAGAUACCAAGAUAACCUGAAGAAAUUAGUACACAUCGUCAUGAAAAGAGAACCAUUGAUUUCACAGCCUUUAAGUAAAUUAAACCAUAGCAUAUUGUUAAUUAACCAAUUGUUGAAGAACUAGAAGAACCUCCCCUAAAUAAUAGAUUUCUUGGUGGUACAAUUAAAAUUAAACAUUAGAUUGAUUUGGCUUAAAUAUAUAUAUAUAUAUCAUUUUUAUUAUAUUAUUUAUCAUAUAAAAAGAGUUCUAUACUUUUUUUAUUAUAUUCUACAUUUUUAACUUAUCUUCCUACUUGAACUAUUAUUGUUCAUUACUGAACUUACAAAUUGUUUAAUAAUAAUUUAUAUUUAUAUAAUAUUAAUAAUGUCUAACCACCGUAAUCUGAAAGAUUUAUUUCCAACUAAACUUAAUUUUAUUAAGCCCAAGCCUGUAAGAUAAUAAUUAUAAUAAGGAAUUAUAAAAUGAUCGUUCUAAACAAAUUAAUAAAUCUCCAUUAGGAUUAAGUUAAUUUGCAAGUUUCUUCUAAAUAGCUUAAAAAACUACUAAAAAUAGAUAAACACCAUCUUCUUAGAGAAGUGUAACUCCUACCAAAGUUAAAAUCAUUUAAUUGAAUAUGCAAAAAUAAAAUGAAUCACAUUUACAAAUUUAAUCAAAGCAUUUAAGGAAUUAGAGUGCAACAAAUAUUAAUAGUAGUAGAAACAAUUCAUUUCAUAAAGGAAAGUAGGAGUAUUUAAAUAAUGCAAGUUCUCGUGGUUCAAUGUUUGCAUUAUCUAAAUUAAUGUCAUAACAUAAUUAAUAAGAUUCUUAAAUACAAUCACAGAAUCGAUCUAAAGAUCAAUCACCUAUUAAACCAGCUAUUUUUGAGAAUCUAGAUAUAAUUAAUAGAAACACUGUUAGAAAGAAUUCUAGAUCUCCAAAUACUACAACAAAAAUUAUAUCUCCUUUUUUAUAUCCUAAAUUUUCCAGUGCUCAUUAAAUUUAACCAUAAGAUAACUUUAUCAAUUAUUAAAACAGUCUAGUUAAAGAAAAUAAGCCAAUUGAAAAAGGAUCUCAAAUCAUAAAUGAAGUUCCUUAAAUUCAUAAAUAAGAAUUCUUAAUGCCUAGUUAAUUUAAAUAUUCUAAAGGUUUUGAAAAUCUAUUAAAUUCAAUGAUGAAACAAUAACAUAAUUCUAGAUAUGAGAAUUCUAAGAGCAUAGUCAAAUAACAAGAAAGACAAUAAUCAAGUGAUGAUGAUGAAGAAACUUUAAUGGUAGAUUGCAAUAUUCAAGUGAACAAGAAUAGUUUUCAAUUUCAUUAUGUAAUUGGAAAGGGUGGAUUUGGAAAAGUUUGGAAAGUUGAAAUAAAGAAAUCUAGACAAUUAUAUGCUAUGAAGGAAAUGUCAAAAGCAAAAGUAAUAGCCAAAAGAAGUGUUAAUUCAGUAAUGAAUGAAAGAAAUCUAUUGGCCUAAUUUAAACAUCCCUUUUUAAUUAAUAUGAAUUAUUGUUUUCAAGAUAGAGACAAUUUAUAUUUGGUUAUGGAUUUAUUAACAGGAGGAGAUUUAAGAUAUCAUAUAGGGAAAAUGAGAAGAUUUAAAGAACACUAAACUAAAUUCUUUGUAGCUUGUGUUUUAUUAUCAUUAGAAUAUUUACACAACAAUAAUAUAAUACAUAGAGAUCUUAAACCAGAAAAUUUAGUUUUGGAUAAAUAUGGAUAUGUUAGAUUAACAGAUCUAGGAAUUGCAAGAAUCUGGAAACCUGAAAAUUCAUAAGAUACAAGUGGUACACCUGGAUAUAUGGGUAGAAGAUUUAUAUUAAAUAUUUUAAGCUCCUGAAGUAAUGUGUAGAUAGAAUCAUACAAUAGCAGUUGAUUACUUUGCUCUUGGAAUCAUGGGUUAUGAAUUUAUGUUAGGAAGAAGACCUUAUAAUGGAAGAUCUAGAUAAGAAAUUAGAGAUCAGAUCCUCACCAGAUAAGUUUAGAUUAAAAAAUCUGAAGUUCCAAAUGAUUGGUCAUUUGAAGGUGCUGAUUUUAUAAACAAAUUAAUAUAAAGAAAACCAAUUAAUAGACUUGGUUUUAAAGGACCAGAUGAAGUCAAAAAUCAUCCUUGGCUUAGAAACUUUCCUUGGUAAAAACUCUUAAAUAAAGAAAUCUAAUCUCCAUAUAUUCCAACUGUAUAAAUAUUAUUUUUAUUUAGGAAAUUGAUGACAAUAUUGAAUAUUUAAAUUAAAUUAGUGAGGAUAACGAAAGUCAGGAUGAUUUGAUUAGAGAAAAUAAACUUUUAUUAAAGAAAAAUUCAGUUUAGAAUUUAUUUAAUGGCUAUAGUUAUGAAAAAAAUCUCUCAAAAAAUACAAAAAGCACUUCUAGUACACUUUUUUAAGGAUGA